AUGUUCAGUGAAGGAGAAAGCGACCCAAGCGGGCCGGGCAAUGUCAGCUCCAGAACCUUUGAUUCCACUAAAUUGGCGAGCCCUGUGUGCAGAAGCCGCUCUACUCGUCAAGAGCUAACAGGCCUUAACACAGCUCAUGUGCUCCUUGUCUUUCAGAGCACGUAUGACCGCUGUCCUCUGGAGCUGGUCCGAUGUAUCAAACACAUCCUUUACACAGAGCAGAGGCUCGUCCGAGAGGCUACAAACUCAAACUCUCCAGUGGGUGGAAUGAUGGACAGCAUGUCUCAGAAAUACCAACAGAUCAACCAGGCUUUUGAGGAGCUUCGCCUGCUGACCCAAGACACUGAGAACGAUCUCCGCAAGCUCCAACACAACCAGGAGUACUUCAUCAUCCAGUACCAAGAAAGCAUGCGCAUUCAGGCUCAACUGGCCAGCCUGGCCACACUGCCCCCUGCUGACCGCCAGCUACGAGAGCCUGCCCUUCUGAGCAAGAAAAACACUGUGGAGGCAUGGCUGACGAGAGAGGCCAACACACUACAGAAAUACAGACUGGACCUGGCAGAGAAGCACCAGAAAACACUGCAGCUGUUGAGGAAGCAGCAGACCAUCAUUCUGGAUGACGAGCUGAUCCAGUGGAAGAGACGGCAACAACUGGCAGGCAACGGGGGACCGCCGGAGGGAGGCCUGGACAUCCUUCAGUCCUGGAGCCCCGGGAGACUUUUGUCACACUCUAACUGUCACUCUUCUAUCCACAGCACAUUCAUCAUUGAGAAACAACCUCCACAGGUCCUUAAAACCCAAACUAAGUUUGCCGCUACAGUGCGCCUUCUAGUGGGAGGCAAGUUGAACGUACACAUGAAUCCCCCACAAGUCAAAGCUACCAUCAUCAGUGAACAGCAAGCCAAGGCCCUCUUGAAAAAUGAAAACACAAGAAAUGAUAGCAGUGGUGAAAUUCUUAACAAUAACUGUGUGAUGGAGUACCACCAGACUACAGGCACUCUGAGCGCCCACUUCAGGAACAUGUCUUUAAAGAGGAUCAAGCGAUCGGACAGACGAGGAGCAGAAUCUGUCACAGAAGAGAAAUUCACCAUUCUGUUUGAGUCCCAGUUUAGUGUUGGAAGCAAUGAGCUUGUCUUUCAAGUGAAGACAUUAUCACUUCCUGUAGUGGUGAUUGUUCAUGGUAGCCAAGACAAUAAUGCCACUGCAACUGUAUUGUGGGACAACGCUUUUGCAGAGCCGGGCCGGGUGCCUUUUCUCGUGCCAGAUAAGGUGCUUUGGCCUCAGCUGUGUGAGGUCAUCAACAUGAAGUACAAGGCAGAGGUGCAAAGUAAUCGAGGUCUGUCGGAGGAGAACUUGGUAUUUCUGGCUCAAAAAGCCUUCAGCAGCUCCAGCAACAACCCUGAUGACUACCGGAGCAUGACUAUGACCUGGUCACAGUUUAACAGGGAAAGCUUGCCAGGGAGGAACUUCACAUUUUGGCAGUGGUUUGAUGGUGUGAUGGAACUCACAAAAAAGCAUCUGAAACCACACUGGAAUGAUGGAGCCAUCCUGGGCUUUGUGAACAAGCAGCAAGCUCAGGAUAUGCUCAUGUCUAAACCCAACGGUACCUUCCUGCUGCGCUUUAGUGAUUCUGAAAUUGGAGGAAUUACAAUCGCCUGGGUGGCAGAAAAUCCUAACAAAGCAGGUGAAAGAAUGGUUUGGAACCUCAUGCCCUACACAACCAAAGACUUUACCAUUCGCUCUCUGGCUGACCGCAUUAGUGAUCUCAACCACCUUCUAUUCCUCUACCCUGACAGACCCAAGGAUGAGGUUUUCUCCAAAUACUACACUCCGCCUCUCUCUAAAGCAGUUGACGGUUACGUGAAACCACAGAUCAAACAAGUUGUGCCUGAGUUUGCCACAGCCAAUCCAGACCCAGCAAGUGGGAAUCCAACUUACAUGGAUCAAGGUGCCUCUCCAGCACCUGUCAGUCACCCUCACGCCUAUGGCAUAUAUCCAGCUAUGGCUGACUCUAUGUUGGAUGCAGAUGGAGACUUUGACCUAGAUGACACCAUGGACGUAGCGAGGCAUGUAGAAGAGCUUCUCCGGCGGCCUGUAGACAGCCAGUGGAGUGGCCAGCAGUCGUGACCUUGGACCGUUUAACUCGCAACAAAACCAAAUGAGCCCUGCCCAGCAACUUGCCCUACUCACAUCGACAUGGUUUAAUUCCAUUGGUCUCUCUCAUUUUUUUUCAUAUUGCUAUAAUGUGAAAUGUUCAUAAUGGUUGUGAUUUUUUUUUUUUUUUUUUUUUUUUUUUUGCUUUCCAGCAUGAAAACAUGCAUGUCAGUGACUUCUUAUUGUUUUUAUUUGUGUAAUCAGUGUUUGUAAAAGAAAGUAUAAUGCAAAACCUCUAAUGUUACAAUGUUAUGAAAAAGAAGUAAUGGUCACUCACAUAGUGCAUGCAUUUUCAAUUGAUUUUAAACUGAUUUUUUUUUUUUAAAUAUGCUACUGUAUGAAGUUAUUUUAGAAGUUGAAUGUUUUUAUUUUAUAUUUUCUUCUUUGUAAAUGGGUUAUUAGUAUUUUAUUAGUGACAUUGAACUUGCCCUUAGACAAAAAAAAAAGAAAGAAAAAAGAGAAACUUUGAUGAAAAGUUUUGAUUUCGCUCCUAACAACAUAAUCCGAGUCACUGCUCUGGAGAGUUACAGUCAUUUUUCUUCAAACCCAUAUACACUAACCUAAAGGCAGAGUGACUCUUUGCUCACCGCAACUGACAGCACACACGCUUCAAAGAUACACAUGCACAAAUUUAAGGUGUAUUUGUUUCUGAUUUGUUCACCAGCUGAAAGGAGGGGAGAAUUAUGUACCUCCCUUGCUCUCACAGGGCUACUUUUUCUUCUGUUUGUACCUGAAAUGCAAAUCUGAGCAUCUACCCAGUGCUGCCUGCUUGUCCUCUCAGGUCCCUCUGUGCCCCUCAUCAGUGCUACCUCGCAUUAUUCCACUGACAGUCUCUGUUAAUGAUUCUCUUGUUGUUUUCUGCACCACAUUCACACCAGUAGGUACGGUCAGACGUUUUUCUUCUUUUAAUCUGCAUUAUUUUGUGUGAAGACGAUCCCUUGCUGCACCGGCUAACACUGUUGGCUGUUUUUAUGCUUGAAACUGCUCACCUGGAAAACACCGGAAUCAUGAAGUGUCACGUCUGAUUGUUAAUGCCUGAAUAUUUGAGGCUGUUCUGCUCCCUUGUGACUUUUCUGCCUUUCAGUGCAUAUAUUUUUUAUUUCUUUGCAUCUAUGAACGAGUGCAGACUUCGAAUGCUUGCACAUACUCAUAAGCUGCUGGGUCAUGUUUAGGAUUCUAGGAUGUUGAACUGUGUCAGUCUGUUUCUUUGCCUGACUUUUGAUUUCCCAUAUACCCCCACCCCUCCACACACACAUAAAAAAUAAUUGUCUUGCAUCUCAGGAAUGAAUCACUUUGCUUAACUGAUGUAUAAGCCAAAAAGAAGAGAUCUAUGUAUACGAAAUAUAUGAAUUUAUUUUCUCUAUCUUAAUUGUAUUUUAUUAUUAUUAUUGUUUCACUGGCACUCCCAAAUUGAAUGUAACCUUUUGCAUGACCGUACAAUACUCUCUCCGUCAGAUAAGAAGUCCCCCGUUGACCAUAAGUAGCAACUGAAAAAGGACGCACGGCAACUGGAAAUUAGAGGUGUAGUUCUGUGUUUGUCCAGUAAACACAACAGUAUUUGAAAUAUUUCUUUUCCUUUUUUUUAAAAAAACAAACAAACAACUUUUUCUUUUGCCUCACUUUCUUUCCUGUUUUAGAAAUCUCAAGCUACAUGGACAGUCUUGUGCUAUGUCUCUCAUUAUCAUCACUUCUGAGCUUUGUUUCACUGUAGUCUGUGUAUUUUUUAACGAUAUAGAUGGCGCUGUGUGCUGUUUUAUGUACGUACCCUGUUUGUGGUUUGGGUUUAUGACUUGGAAGUUUUCCAAGCGAAAAAGCUGUUGAGUUGAAAAGAAGGAAAUAAAGUUUUAUAAAUAAUUUGAA